CUGGCCUGCAGAGGCCGCUGUCGGGAUGCUGGCUGCCCAGCUCCGGCUCAGUCCUCUCUGUGUGUCAGUGUCGUGAUGGCGGAGGACAGUGAGUCGGCGGCCAGCCAGCAGAGCCUGGAGCUGGAUGACCAGGACACCUGCGGCAUAGACGGGGACAACGAGGACGAGGCCGAGCAUGCCAAGGGAAGUCCCUCUGGGGACCUUGGAGCUAAGAAGAAAAAGAAGAAACAAAAGAGGAAAAAGGAGAAGCCAAAUUCUGGGGGCACCAAGUCCGACUCAGCAUCCGAUUCUCAAGAAAUUAGGACCCAGCAGCCUUCUAAGAUGGGACAGGACAGGAUCAAAGAAGAGGAGGACAUCAUGCUAAAAGAACUUUACACUUUGCUGAAUGAGAAUUACGUGGAGGAUGACGAUAACAUGUUCCGAUUUGACUAUUCCCCAGAGUUUUUACAAUGGGCGCUGCGUCCUCCAGGCUGGCUGUCUCAGUGGCAUUGUGGGGUGCGAGUGUCUUCCAACAAGAAACUAGUCGGCUUUAUAAGUGCUGUUCCAGCGACUAUCCGUAUUUAUGACACUGUAAAAAAGAUGGUAGAAAUCAAUUUCCUUUGUGUCCAUAAAAAGCUGCGAUCAAAGCGCGUGGCUCCGGUCCUCAUCCGAGAGAUAACCCGGAGAGUGAACCUGGAGGGGAUUUUCCAAGCCGUCUACACAGCAGGGGUUGUUCUACCAAAGCCGAUGUCAACAUGCAGGUACUGGCACCGCUCCUUGAACCCUAGGAAACUGGUAGAAGUGAAGUUUUCUCACCUUAGUCGAAAUAUGACGUUACAGAGGACAAUGAAGUUGUACAGACUGCCAGAUGUCACAAAGACUGCCGGGCUAAGACCAAUGGAGAAGAAAGACGUCCCCAUGGUCCAGCAGCUAUUAAAUAGCUAUUUGAGCCAGUUUCACCUCGCCCCGGUCAUGGAUGAAGAGGAGGUCUCACAUUGGUUCUUUCCUCAGGAUAACAUCAUCGAUACCUUUGUGGUAGAGAGUUCUAAUGGUAUAUUGACGGAUUUCUUCAGUUUUUACACGUUACCUUCCACAGUCAUGCAUCAUCCUCUGCAUAAGACUCUCAAAGCAGCUUAUUCCUUUUACAACGUCCACACGGAGGCGCCACUGCUGGACCUGAUGAACGAUGCACUGAUUAUCGCCAAAUUAAAAGGAUUCGAUGUGUUCAACGCUCUUGAUCUGAUGGAAAACAAAACUUUCUUGGAAAAACUAAAGUUUGGCAUCGGAGAUGGCAAUUUGCAGUACUACUUGUUUAACUGGAGAUGCCCGGCUAUGGACUCUGAAAAGGUUGGUCUGGUUUUACAGUAAUCUGCGCCAUAGUCGACCGCCUCAGUCAUCCGACGCAUGGAUCAGGAGCUGCUCUUCAGCGAAGACAAGCACAAAGCGGAUGCAGAUGCCGGAGCCGGGUGGUGAUGAAGGAAAAGGAAGUAGCGUCCUGGGGAGCUUUUGCCACCAUACAGACAUUAUACAGCGUUGUCGUCGUCAUUUUCCUCCUGGCGCACAUAACUUUAUUUACAGGAAUAAGAAAAAACAACGAGAAAACAGAUUCCCACAGAGCGAAAAAUAAAAGCCGAAAGCACACAUUCCUUUGAGUUUGGAAAGAGUUUGAAAAAAAAAAAAAAACUUUUCGAGGACAUGACAGAUCAUGUGGUCUUGACGUCACCUUCAUUUUUUUUAUACGGAUCGAACUGCGGAUUGCAUGUAAAAUAAACUUUUCAGAUUUUGGCAAUGCACCAUCGAAUGGAGCAUCUCCGCUGUGUUGGUUUAUCAGAGGGCCAAAAAUAAAUUACCCUACAAUGGAUCGCUGGCCAAUUUUGCCCAGGUGCCUGUCAUUUUAGUGCCCUCCCUGUCUUUUGCUUUAGAGUUUGUUUGUGCCCUUAAAGGAGCACUCUGGCAAAUUUUUUAUUUUUAUUUUUUUUGCACCUAUAAUAUGGACUGACUAGAAAUAUUCCUGCAGUGUCUAUUGUUUAAUCCUAGCUCAGUUUCAUCCAUACAGAUUGAACCUUUUCAUAACGGCAGCUGGGUCAUGUGACCCAUUUUGACCACCAGUCUAGAGCUAGUAUAUCCUGUGAACUACAAUCAAAUCCCUCCAGGCAGCUCUCGGACCCCUUCACACCAAGCACUGCCAUCUUUGUUGCUCUGUAUGCCUUCCUAUGUGUAGAUUGCUGCUGAAGAAAUAAUGUUUGCCCUAAGACCAGGACAAAGUGUUACAUAGUAGGUGAAUCCAUGAUCUGAUCAGCUGCAGAUCAGUGUAAUAGAAUAUGGCACUGUUAAGUAAUAGCGGUGCGCAAGUAGGAUCCCACUCCUUGAAUUCAUAGAACCAAAAAUAAAUAAAUAAAUUGGG